CGGGUCGGCGGCUCACACCAUUGGCUGUAAGGAGCGGGUGAGGCCCGCGUGACGGCGGUUGCGCAUGCGCCAGGCGGGCGGCGGCGCUCGGAGUCGCCGGGAGCUGCCAGGCUGGCUGCGCCGCCGCUGCGGAGCCAUGAUCCGGAAUGGGCGCGGGGCUCCUGGCGGCGCAGAGCAGCUGGCCCCGGAGGGCAGACGCGCUGUGCGGGUGUGGUGCGACGGCUGCUAUGACAUGGUGCAUUACGGCCACUCCAACCAGCUGCGCCAGGCACGGGCCAUGGGUGACUACCUCAUCGUGGGCGUGCACACUGAUGAGGAGAUUGCCAAGCACAAGGGGCCCCCGGUGUUCACUCAGGAGGAGAGAUACAAGAUGGUGCAGGCCAUCAAGUGGGUGGAUGAGGUGGUGCCAGCGGCCCCCUACGUCACUACACUAGAGACUCUGGACAAAUACAACUGUGACUUCUGUGUUCACGGCAAUGACAUCACUCUGACUGUAGAUGGCCGGGACACCUAUGAGGAGGUAAAGCAGGCUGGGAGGUACAGAGAGUGCAAGCGUACACAGGGAGUGUCCACCACAGACCUUGUGGGCCGCAUGCUGCUGGUGACUAAAGCCCACCACAGCAGCCAGGAGAUGUCCUCUGAGUACCGGGAAUAUGCAGACAGUUUUGGCAAGCCCCGUCACCCGAUACCCGCCGGGGACAUACUUUCCUCAGAAGGCUCCUCCCAGUGCCCUGGGGGGCGGAACCCCUGGACUGGGGUAUCCCAGUUUCUGCAGACAUCCCAGAAGAUCAUCCAGUUUGCUUCUGGGAAAGAGCCCCAACCAGGGGAGACAGUCAUCUAUGUGGCUGGCGCUUUUGACCUGUUCCACAUUGGGCAUGUGGACUUCCUGGAGAAGGUACACAGGCUGGCAGAGAGGCCCUACAUCAUAGCUGGCUUGCACUUUGACCAGGAGGUCAAUCACUACAAGGGGAAGAACUACCCUAUCAUGAACCUGCAUGAGCGGACCCUGAGUGUGCUGGCUUGCCGGUACGUGUCAGAAGUGGUGAUUGGGGCCCCAUACGCAGUCACAGCAGAGCUCCUAAGUCACUUCAAGGUGGACCUGGUGUGUCACGGAAAGACAGAAAUUAUACCGGACAGGGAUGGCUCCGACCCAUACCAGGAGCCCAAGAGAAGGGGCAUCUUCCGUCAGAUUGACAGUGGCAGCGACCUCACCACAGACCUCAUUGUCCAGAGGAUCAUCACCAACAGGUUGGAGUAUGAGGCGCGAAACCAGAAGAAAGAAGCCAAGGAGCUGGCCUUCCUGGAGGCUGUCAGGCAGCAGGCAGCCCAGCCCCUGGGGGAGUGAGAUGGUGGCUUCUGACCUGGUGGAGGCUCUGGCCAGCCCUCACCCUGCUCUGCUUCUGCACCUUCUGCAUUUGCCAUAGGACUCUGGGCCGCCCUCUCUAACUGGCCUGGCUAUGGAAAGGCUGGUGAGGACUUUGCCUCUUGCCUGCUUUCAAGGCACCUGGUUCACAGCAGGCUCUCUGCCCUUUCAGUGAAGUUGCUCAGAGAGGGCGUCCAGCACCUGGACAGAGGCCACACUGACUGCCCACCGAGCUGUGGUGGGAAAUGCAGAACAGAGGGCUUUAGGGAGCAGUGACCAGGGUCACCCCUUUAGUUCUCUGGGUACAGACCAUGCCACCUCCCACUUGGCACCCCCCAACACAGUGUCCUGCCACCUGGAAAACGUGCUUGCCUUUCUCCCUGGCAGCUUCCUGGCUCUCCUUAUGGACUCCAUUCUGUUUGAAUAUAAUGGCUAAUGUAAAUCUCUUUGGUAUAACCAAAUAAAGCCUGGUGGCAGUGCUGUG